CGGCGCCGCCCCGGCCGCGGCGCCUGCGCAGUGCGGGGCGGCGCGGCGCCGGCGGGCGCAGGAAUGCGCGUUACGGUUAAAUAGUGGGCGCAGGGGCGGCCGCCGCGGCGCUCGGGGCCGGGCGAGCGGCACGGGGCGGCGGCUGGGGGGCCGCGCCGGACCGCACCGCGGGCAGCCUGCCUCCCUCGCCGCUCUCCUCCAUGGCGCGGCGCCGCUGCUGGGGCGGGUGCGGCGGCGCGGCGCGGCUGUGACGGGCGCGGGCAGCCCGGGCUGGCCUUGCUGCUCGCCCCAGUGCCGAGCGGGAGCCGGAGCGGCGGCAGCGGCGGCCGGGGGCAGCCGGGGUGUCACCGCCUCUAUGAUGAAAUUUAAGCCGAACCAGACGCGGACAUACGACCGGGAGGGCUACAAGAAGCGGGCGGCGUGCCUCUGCUUCCGCAGCGAGCGGGAGGACGAGGUGCUGUUGGUAAGCAGUAGCCGAUACCCAGAUCAGUGGAUUGUACCAGGUGGAGGAAUGGAACCAGAAGAAGAACCAGGGGGAGCAGCAGUCAGAGAAGUGUAUGAAGAGGCUGGAGUAAAGGGAAAACUAGGCAGACUGCUUGGGAUAUUUGAGCAGAACCAAGAUCGGAAGCAUAGGACAUACGUUUAUGUUCUUACUGUGACAGAAAUACUGGAAGACUGGGAGGAUUCAGUUAACAUAGGAAGGAAAAGAGAAUGGUUUAAAGUAGAAGAUGCAAUCAAGGUCCUUCAGUGUCACAAGCCUGUUCAUGCAGAGUAUUUGGAAAAACUGAAACUGAGCUGUUCACCCACUAAUGGAAAUUCUGUGGUUCCCCCUCUUCCAGAUAAUAACUCCUUGUAUGUCACUUCUGCACAGACUUCUGGGUUACCCUCUACUGUGAGAUAAACAUUUGGAUUACCUUUUUAUUCAUGUCAUCACAAGGGGAAGAGACAUCUGUGUUCACAUGUUAGGCAUCUGUAUAACUGUCAGUAAAAUAUUUGAAUGCAUUAAAAUGUCAAAUUUGUUUGAACAUGUUUUUCCUUUUUAACAAUGUAAAAUAGUAUUUCAGCAAACCAAAGCCAUAUAUGGAUUUUUUUAAGAUGCCUUAAUAGGCCAUUUUUUAACAAAAAAAAAAAAAAAGAAAAAGAAAAAAGAAAGAAACUUGAGUAUAUAAAUUUCCAUAUCUGCUAAAAUAAAAUAUGCAUCUUGAUGGUGUUCAGCUUAUUCAAGACUUGUCCGUUUUAGUCAAUAGCUCUGCAAGAGUAGCCACCUAGAGAACAGCUUGAGUGAAUAGUCUUAAGCUAUAUUUGCUAUCCACAAAUGAAGUGCUAAGAACUUAACACUGUUUGGAGGAAAAAGUGUGGUGAAGGCAGAGAUGUGUAAGUGUGACUAUAAUGAAGCACUAAAACAUAUUCAACCUAUUACAGCAAAGGAUACCAACACUAAGCAAUGCUUGCUUCAGUCCUCCAAAAGGUUGCCUUGUCCUAUGCAAUCUUCUACCAUCAACAUCCAUUUUGUUUGUGGUAUAAUUGUAUCAUAGGCUCCAAAAUCUUCUCACAGUGUUCCUGCAAUCCUUGUUGAUUUAAAAGAUGUUUAGGGAAAAGUAAGACUUAGCUAGGUACCCCUUGGGUUACAGAGGUGUCUAGUUCCUGCUGAACAAGAUGCCUCAAAAUGUGCUUGCUAAUAGACUGGUACUUCUGGGCUUGGAGGCAGGUGGGUUGAUACUUACACUAAAGGAAGAAUAAUAUUUCUUUGUCUUAUUCAAAAGCUAUGCUGAAAGCCCCAGUAUUCAGUUAUUUCUUAGAUAUUAAAACAGUAAAAGUAUUUAUUGCUUUAGCUUUUGGAAGUGAAAGCUGACCUCUUGGUAAAACUUAGCUGGAAUAAAUGAGGCACAGCUGACAAUUUUCCUGUUCUUCAUUAUUUUCUUCUCUUUUUCAGCCAAAAAGAAGAAACCUAAAUCCACUGUAGGUCUUAAUAUGUUAUUACCAUAGGGUUUAUUUGUGUGUGUGUGUGUGUGUGGUUUUCUUCAAGAACACAGUCUGACUUAUCUGAACAUUCUAACUCUGCAUUUUUUUCUAAGAUCUAAACAUUAUACCUAACUGUACCUCCUCUCCAGUCAGCUAAAACAGGCUGAGGUAGAACAUUGCCUCACAUGUGAAGUUUAUUCUGAGUAAAGCUCAUUCUUUUACAUCAUUUGAACAUUUGUAAAUAGUCCAACUAGUAAAUAGUGAGUGUAAAAUGGAAAAUAACUGUAAUUUAAACCUUUUGUUACUCAAUACACAAAUGGUUAACUUCUACUUUUUUAACACAAAUUGUGUAAAAUGCUGCUAUAAAUUGAACUUUUUUGUGCUGUUACACUUUUUUAGGGAAAAAAAUGUUGUUGCCACAAGUUACUCUUCUGGAAAACCAAUCUUGUGCCAUAUGUAAAUGCAGUGAAACUAGGGAGACAGAUAUUCCGAUCUCUUAAUGCUGCUGUCUUUGAAGAGGCAUAAAUACUACUGACAAAAGGCAUGAGCCACAAUGUGGAAGAAUUGAGAUUUUUGGGUAGGACUCAUCUCUUCCAUCCCUGUAGCUGCUAUUCCUGGUCACUUCCAGAACUGGAAAGAACAUGCAGCUCUGCUCAGGCACAUCUAAAGGCAGCAGAAGUAUUGCAGAUAGCUUAGUUUUACUUCCAGUCAGGUUGUGGAUGGAAGGGAAGAGCAUUAUUUCAGUGGCUCACAAGAGAGUGUAUGCAAAAUUCACACUGAACCUAAUCCAGAAUGGGAGAGCAUUGGCUCAGCCCAUUUCUGUGAACAGAGUUGUCCAUCAAAAGAGCUUUUGCUAGACAACACAGAACAGUGGAGUCAGGCAUUUUAAAGAAUGUUUAAUCUCUGUUAAAAAUCACUGAACCACUGUAUGUAAGGGUACCUCUGGCUCUAAAGCUGCCUUUAAAAGAGUGAAGAAUUUAGCUCCCUUUUUUUUGGUUACUUACUUACAUUUGAUGCUUUUUUGUUCAGUAGUCAUUUUAACACUUUAAAUUGAGCAAACUUGUACAGGCUUUCUUGUAACAAAAUUAUAUAGAAUCUGUGAAACUUAAACUAAGAAUCCAGAGUUCAAGUUCUUAUUCAUAAAAAUGCUUCUGUCUCAGUUUCAAAUUCUUGGAAUGGAACCAAUCCAAGCUUGUAUGAAAUUUAGUGGUAAUGCAUGAUCUUCUUUUGUAACUCUUGAAUUAUGUAUUUGAUAAUAAUGUAAAAAUGUACAGUAUUGCUGUUGCUAACAAACUCAGAGUUGAUUGCCUAUAAAUAUUUUGGUUAUUUUUUGGUCACACACAUUUGAGCUGUUUAGUAGUGCCAGGUGGAUUUUUUUUAAACAGCAUUCAUUGUAUAAGUCUCUUCAGUCUCUAUGCAACCUUCAGAAUGAAGCUCAAUAUUGUUUAGCUUGACUUCUGCCUUUCAAAGGUAAAUGUUCCAUGAAUUGUACAAACUUGACAGUGAAGGUAAAAUGAAAAUACUUAAGUUAUGCUAUAGGAACCUACUGCAGUAAGUGGGCAAUGAGUGUGUCUUGGGUCUUAAGUUUAGUUAAGACUAAACUUAAACAGAAAUGACCUGUGUAAAAGUUGGGAUAGGAAGGCUAAAGUUUGGCCUAGUACCUAUUAAAUUGUUUUCCAUGCAUCUUUACUUAGAUGGGCCAGACCUACUUGGUACAGAGCAGAUAGUGGAUGGCUCUUACACCAUAGAGCCUGUGUAACAUCCAGAUUCAGUUCUUCAGUGGAGAAGGGGAAGAGACCUGGUCACAGCUGCAAGUUUCAGAAAGUCUGCUUUGCACCACUGCUUUUCCUGGCUGUUAGAUUUUAAGAUUGUGACUAUCAUAAGAUUAUGGUAUCAAACAGAAAUAGCCUUAAUCUUAAUUCCAGCUCCACCUGGGUUUAAAGUGAAAUGGAUAUGUUUUUGAGCACUGCAAGAAAUAGUGAGGUAUUGCACAGAGGCUGUUAAAGUGAAAAAUCUUAUUUUGGUGCUUAUUGCACCACUGACUUAGCCUAGUCUGUUAACAAUGUGCUGUGAAAAAAAAUUGAGGGGAAAACAGUUGGUUUACUUACCAACAUGGUUUGUGAAGUGAAAACUGAAGGGAAGGGGGGACAGGGGACAAUUUUAAGUUGUAAACAUUUUGACCUGCUUGCAUGGAUUUUCUUUAAAGAUUGAUGUAAGAAUUUUGACUUUUUAUAUUUGAGAUAUACCAAAAUAAAAUCUAAAUUAGUCCUGUG